UGUAUUUUCUUUGACAUGAAUUCUCCAGUGCCACGUUGGCAAUCACCCGGCGAAUUGUGCAUUGGAGCGUGGCAGGCGAGGUUCGUGUCGUUUUCUUCAUUUGGUGAGUUUGCUGAUUUCCUCGGUUUUCUGAUCGUUUUGUCAUCGUAUAGGUAUCUGCUUCGUUCAAACAUGAAAGUUUUGAUUCUUCUGUCGUUAGUAUGCUUCUCCCAAGCUGCUAUUCGACUUUCAUCAGUUUUGUCACCAAGUGAGCAAGAAAACAUAAGGAAUCUACUUUCGGAAACUCCAUACUCUGAUAUUGCACAUGCCUACUAUGCGGUUUCUGGACUGAAAGAAUUGACGCAAGGAGGAGCUGCAUCAACUGCUGUUACAAAGGCUGCUUGCGAAGCUGCAAAGUCGGCCAGCACAAAGAGUUUGGAGUCGUUGUUCUAUGCAUCAUCUAUUGUGGCUAAUCUUGGAGCAACUUGCAAACACACAUUCCCAGCUUCAGCCAUAGAUUCUGUCGAAAAGAAAUUAUCUGCUGAAUCUGAUGUGAAGUCUCUAUACCAUGCAGUGUCUGUGCUAUCACAUGCUGGAAAAAAGUUUUCAUCAAACAGUGUUGUUGAGCUUCUAACUAAAGCUCUUGCUCAAGAUGACAGUGUGCUUUCCUCAUCUCUCGGAAUUUUGAUCACUUCAAAGUUGGAUGCAAAAGUUGACAUCAAGCCUUUGCUUGAGAAAAGUUUCGACAUUGAGGAUAUGGUAAACCAGGCUGAUGAGGUCGAUGAAAAAUAUCUUCAUUUUGAAAACGAUCUUCGUACCACCUCCACUUUUAUUCGUGCAGCACUUGAACUCUCUAAGAGAACCAAACGUCCUUUGGGAAUCACAGAGGAUCAGAUGAUCAUGCUCGCCAAUUUUAUAUUACGAACCAAGAAUCCAUCAACACAUGAGCAAGCUUUCAAUGUGGUAGCUUCAUUGAAUGCAAUUGCUUCUUCAUCUACCAUGAAACUGGCAAAAGUUCAACUUCUGUCUGGCAGCAGCAUCGCUCAGGAUAAAACUAGCAUCCAGAUUUCUGUUAACAAUGUUCUCAGUCAUCCAAUAGAAGGUUUGACUGUGAAAGCCGAUUCAGUGACCAGGACAUCUGACAACGAAGUUAUCAUUUCAAACACUCCAUUGAAGAAAGCUGUAGCAGCAUCUGGGACCACGUAUGAUCUUAACAUGUGGAAUUUGAAGCCAAAAAGUGGAUUCUAUGAUGUUACUCUCAAUGUUGUACCAACCGGCGGAGCGAAUCUUGUGGGAGUUUCUGAUAUUGAGUUCAGAGUCAAAGUUACAACAAGAGUUGAAAUUCUCGAAUCUCAGAUCGGAACUCAGGAUCGUGAAGCUAGUUCCGGUGAUUGGCAAAAGGUCAAAUAUCCUGCUAAAGGUCCAGGGAUGAAAGCAGACACACAACAAAAGGUUUUGAUGAAGUUCAAAGUUCAAGAUACUAUUGACAAAGCAUUGAUCAAGCCUCACCAGGUUUUUGUUCUUUUCCAAAAUGUUGAAUCUGGCCAAGAAGUUAUCUUCAUUGCAGAACCUGAUUCUCAAUCUAUGUACAAAUUUGAAGUAGACUUGAGUACAGCUAGCAAGGAACAGUUUGCAGGAAAAGAUGGAAAAUAUUCAGUACAUUUGAUCGUAGGAGAUGCCGCGAUCUCAAACCCGAUCUUGUGGCAUGUGGCUGACAUCACACUAACAUUCACUGGAGUAACGCCGACACCAACUAGUGAAUCUAUCUAUGUGGCCAAGCCUGAAAUUCAUCACAAAUUCCGUGAAUCUGAGAAACGUCCACCUGCGGUUGUCUCAACCAUCUUUACUUUUGCCUGUCUUGCUCCUUUGGUCAUCUUGCUCAUCUCUUGGCUGAAGACUGGAAUGAAUCUGUCCAAUCUGAGUCUUGCUCCAAAGAAUCUCAUCUUCCAUGGAGGACUCAUUGGAAUUUUUGUGCUGUAUUACCUCUUCUGGGUCCAAUUGAACAUGUUUACAACUCUGAGGUAUCUGGCACUGCUUGGAUCUGUAACUUUCUUGGCUGGUAGCAAAGUACUUGCCGAUCAGGCGGCACGCGGACAAUAACGUCUAAAUGGAAGCUAGCAGUGAUUUGUUGUUAUUAGAAAUGAAGUACAUUCGUGAAGUUCCAAGUUUGCCCAUAAUUAUUUUGCUGCUGGCUUCUACACAAUGACAAAAAAAUGUUAUUUGAUUGAUUAUGAAGCAAAGAAAUAAGUUUCAAUAAAGUGUGGUAUUCCAUUUGAACAAUAAAGUUUGACAUUGUA